CCUAUUUUGCUGAUUUUUCUGCCCUCCCGUGUGUUUUUGUGCCUUCGCAGCGCUCUGAGCUCUCCGGGCCUCCGUACCGACCUAUGCGGGCAGCACAGGCAGGACAGGUGGUCGCUGGGAGCGGCUCCUCUCCGGGAUCCACACCGGGUUUUCGGCGCGUCCUCCAGCGGGCUCCUCACAGCCUCUCGCUGGCUCGUACUCGGCUCCUGUCCUGAUAUCACUCCGCUGGCAUGGUGGAGGAGCGGACCUGAUUAUUGUGAUGGUGGCAGGCGGCAGCCAGUGACUACAGACUUCCGCCACUGCUUCCAUAUCCGCGUUUAGCGCCGUCGGGGCUCCUCGAUCCGCCGCUCGACUGGACUACCGAGGGCGCCUGAGCGCUUCCCCCGAACUCGGCAACAUCUUCACCGGGAUUUCUCUCAAACCAAAACCAUAUGAGAUGCAAGUUCACUGGGAAACUCCGGAGCCCGUUCGGUUUAGGCAGCAAAACUUUUUCUCAAAGGACAACACCGUGAAACGGCGAGCGGACUGUUGCCGCCGCCGCCGCCGCUGCUGCUGCUCCGCGGGUCGGGCUGAGUGCGUGUGACCGCCGGCUCGGAGCUGCGCCGCCUCGGCGUGUUUUUCCCCCGGAGGAGUUGUUGUUUGCAGCGGCGUCGGUGUUGAAUCCAGUUUGGGGCUUGUUUCGGGUGUUAUCCGCCGAGGAGCCACAUGACCGCUCGGCUCGCAGCCCUUUAAACCUCCCGCUCGUCGCUCGAACUCUCCGGCGGCUCCGCGGACCUUUUCGCCGAGGAGGACGCGCUCGGAGCGGGGAGCCUCGCUGGUGGAGGUGGAGGUGGCCGGAGGAGGAGGAGGAGGAGGCGGCGGCGGCGGCGGGGACUGGGGGGAAAAGUUCUUCCAAAAUAGCAGCCGCUCGGCGCGGUGAUGGGGGACUUCGCCUCCCCCGCUGCCGGACCCAACGGCAGUAUCUGCAUCAACAACAGCAUGAACCCGGCCGCCGGCAGCGUGGUGCCCGCCGGGGCCGUGGGCAUCCCUAAGCACAGCACGGUGGUGGAGCGGCUCCGGCAGCGGAUAGAGGGCUGCCGGAGACACCACGUCAACUGCGAGAGCCGCUACCAGCAAGCCCACGCCGAGCAGCUGGAGAUCGAGCGCCGGGAGACGGUGAGCCUGUACCAGCGGAGUCUGGAGCAGCGGGCCAAGAAGUCGGCAGGAAGCAGCGGCGGCAGCAGCAAGCAGCCGCAGAGCAAGCAGCCGGACCCGGACUCUGCGUCCUCCACGGAGCAGAGGAAUAACACGCUGAUAGCGCUGCAGGAGACGGUGAAGAGGAAGCUGGACAGCGCGCGGUCGCCUCUGAACGGAGACCAGAACGGCAUCUGUGACGGAGGCAGCUACUCGCCGACCACCAAGCGAGUCCGGAAGGACGGCGCCAGCGGCUUGGACUCGCUAACGGGUCUCCCCAACAGCAACAACAGCAACAAUGUGCCGCCCAUCUCGCCGCUGCACCACCAAAUGGACAUCAAGCCGCUGCUUGGCGGGCCCAACACCUCCACCGGAAACAACACUACAAACAGCAACGGCACCCACGUGGGCCGGGCCUCGGACGAGCUGGGCAAGAACGGCGGCAGCCACCUCCCGGACAUGAAGCUGAACGGCUCGCUGGACCUGGAGGACAGCUUCGGCCUCCUCAAGGACCUGAAGCAGGAGCCGCUGGACGACGGCGGCGGCAUGGAGUCGUCGGACCCGCAGUCCCUGUCCAACCAGAACAAGCUGUUCUCCGACAUCAACCUCAACGACCAGGAGUGGCAGGAGCUGAUCGACGAGCUCGCCAACACCGUGCCCGAGGACGACAUGCACGACCUCUUCAACGAGGACUUCGAGGACAAGAAGGAGGCAGAGUUCGGCAGGCCGGCCAACAAUCAGACGCCGGGACCGCAGGAGGCGGCCGGCAACACGGCGGCGGCGGCGUCCGGAGGAGGAGCGGCGCCGGCAGCGGCACUUCCUCCUCCUCCUCCUCAGCCACCGCAGGGAGGCCCGCAGGUUCCGAUGGGGUCACCACAGGUGCGACCGUCGUCGUCGGGCCCUCAGUUUGCCACCACGGCCAAUGGGACGCCUCCUCAGCAGCCCCUGCAGCAGUCUCCGGCCGUCGCCAUGGCGUCGGGCUCGCCGUUGCACAACUGCGUGGCCCGCUCGCCUCAGACGCCCACCCAGGCUCAGACACAAGCAGUCUCUCGGCCUGGGAACGGGUACAUGAUGAACCCGGGCCCGGGGGUCAGCCAGGCGCCGGGCUCGGGUCCCGGCGCAGCUGGCGUGGCCCCUGGAGGUCAGCCCGUCGGACCGGUGACGCCUGAACUUUCCCCGGCGGAGCAGCUCAAAGCGAUGGCUCAGCAGCGCGCCAAGCUGCUGCAGCAGAAGCAGCAGCAAGCGUCUAGCUGGUCCCCCGCCGGCCCCCCGACCAGCCCCUACAACUCCGGUCCCUUUAACCAGGACAAACCCAACAGCCCCAUGAUGUACCCACCGCAAGCCUUUAACGCACCGCAGGGCCCUCUCGUGGCUGGGAUGGCCCCCAACAAUGGGCCCAAAGCCCCCAUGAACAACUACCUCCCUCACAACCACAUGGGCAUGAUGGGCCAGCAGCAGCCAAACAGCAUCAACCAGAACGCCCUGUCCAAGCAGCAGCAGCAGCAGCAGCAGCAAACGGCAGCCAUGUUGUCCUACAGCAACACCAAGCCGCUGAGCCACUUCAGCGGCAGCGGGGUGGACCACAUCGGUCAGAGGAUGACUCCGCCCAUGGGAGGGAACAAUCAGGUGAAGAACCCCAUGAUGCCGCCUUACAUGGCCGGCGCCGGGGGAGGCGGUGGCGGCCAGGGGGCGGGGCCCGGGCAGACGCAGGGGCCGAUACCGGGGCAGACGGCCCACCUGAGCGAGGAGCAGAAGAGGAUGCUGCUGAUGAAGCAGAAGGUGCUGAACCAGAACAUGCCCUACAGCACCAUGCAGCCUCACGGACAGGUAAGGGAGCCGGCGCUGUUGUUUGUGAUCAAUGCGGCUGUCAGAGUUCAAGUGCGGUCGAUAGUGUUGGUCCUGGAAGAAGUUUUCCUUCGUCUGUCGGCGGUUGCGGUUGCGCCGGGUGAUUCCUCCGAUGCAAAGUGAAAGAGAUGAAUCGCGAAGGUGCGUUGCGGAACACUCAACCCCUGACCUUGCAGCGAGAGCGAGGCGGGUUUGAAACGCUCGACGUCCGCUGGAGGUUCUCUGCACAUUCAGCUCAGAUGGUCUGACCAGUUGUUACAGAACGAGGGUUCCUGUUUUGUAAAAACCUUCCAGAGGUGCAGCCGGGGAAGGUAAAAUGGCGGUAGUUGCCCCAGCAACAAGCCAGGGCUGGGAAUAGGCAUAGGAAAAUGGCCUGUCGAGAGUGUAUUGAUGCCUCUGCAACACUAGCAGCGCUGAUAGCCUCCCCCCUCCUUCCUCCUCCUCCCUCCUCCCUCCUCCUCCUCCUCCCCCGGACACACAAGCGCUCACACACCAACAAACACCAAAGCUAAACGGCUCCUUAGCUCAUAUCCCCAAUCUGUCACAGCUGACUGAUGGCUGAGAUUGGACCGCUAAGCCGAGCUAGCUGCUGUCAUUACCCAAAGCCCACCUCGGGCGGUUUGUUUCCCCCCGAAGCCCCGGCGAGCGGCUCGGCCGGCUCUGAUCAGGUUCAGCCAGGUGUCAGGCGACCUUAAUAAUCCGCCGGACGGACGGACGGACGGACGGACGGACGGCGUUAAAGCCUGUAUCUUAACGAAUAAACGCGAGCUCGCACUCUCUCUGCUCCUGCUGUUGCUCAUUAAGUUCACUGGAGAUCGGCGGCUUGUUGAUGAUGCACUCGUCCUUUUCCCUUCAUCUCCUCUGCUGAUGAUACGGCUACAGUCAGUCACCUCCUCCUCCCCUCUGGUGAU